AUGGCCGUCCCUCUGGUCCAUGAUGCGCAACAACCUGCAUCUUUCAGUCAGGUCUUCUGCUCGGAGUAUCCGUGGCUGUGUGGCGACAAGAUCGACUGCCGGAACAGCGCAGGUGAGGCUCCGUCGACAGAGGAGAUUAUGCAGGAGAAGCUUCGUUUGUGGCAUCAAGUGGUCGAAACGCCAGGACAGCCCAACGAGAGGUCCUGGUGCUUCGCCAACCCCAUUUACUGGGACCUCGUGGUGAAGGAGUGCGUGGCCAAGGGCGACCUGAAGACCAGUGCACAAGUGCAGUUUCGCUUUUCAGUUUUGAAUCACCCUCUUGAUGAGAUGGAUGCGAGCUACUGCUUUCUCUGGGGCCACUGCCAGAACGAGGAGGUGACCAGCAGAACAACUCGCGAAGAAGCUAUCGAGAUGUGCAACCAAAUCUUCCCGGAGCCGAAUAGCUGGCAGAGCGUAGGCUUCAGUGAUGCCCCGACCAACCUUUCGAUGGAUGUCAGUCCGCGGCACGUGGACUCGUAUACCCACUUCAAUACCAGUGACCAGGUGGAGAUAUAUGCAAAGCUUGCGUGUGCACAGGGCAACUACCAUUGCGAUGUGGUCUACUGCAAGGAGACUUACUGCCAGACGGAGUAUUAUCGGCAGAAGUACCAGCACCUGUCACCCAAGCCGCGCUAG